CGGUGCAGGGGGCGUCCAGGCGCGCACGGGGUUAUUAGACCCCAUGUCUGCCCUGCUCUUGGAGGUGGUGCUGGCUCCAGUGGCGGCUCCAGUGGCUGCUCCAAUGCGACCCUACAAUAACAAACCCCAGAAGACUGAGUCGCUGCUUGUCUCACUCCUUCCCCCCAGAAAUCACUCCUUUCCUGGACCAGCCCAGAGGCCCGGGGUUGCUCCUGGAUUGGCUGGUGGCCUCAGACCAUCCGAGGCUGGUGAUUCAUGUGAUUUCCAGCACAUGCUGUGCGGAUGAUUUUCUGUCUAUUACAGACCACUGCUGGAGUGGGACCUUUGCAUAGAGAAGUCGGCCCCUGUUUUGCUGCAGUGGCUCUCCCUGGUGAUCUGAGCGGGUCUUCCCGGUACACCAUGGCACGGCAUAGCAAGCUCCAGAAGCAAGUCUUAAGCUUGUACAGACAGUUCCUACGAGCCGGCAAAGAGAAGCCGGGGUUCUUACCUCGGAUACAGGCCGAGUUCCGGAAGAACGCCAGCAUCCCCCGGAUGGAUGUUAUGCACAUUGAGUAUCUCCUCCGCCGCGGCCAGAGGCAGCUGGAGCAGCUCAGAGACGUUAACACCAAACAAAUGGGCACCUUUGUCAAAACUAAGCCGGAAGAGCGGUGACCCCUGCUGGCUGGCGCAGGCGGCUUUCUUGUACUGGGACAGUUAGCGUGUGAAUUCAGAGACGUGCCUUCCAGAUUCUCACAUCCUCGUGCUCCCCUUUCGGUUUGCAUGUGGGUCCGAUCACAGUGAAGGAAAACCAUCCAGUCGGUGCAAUUGUCCUACCUGGACUGGAGUUCGCUGGGAUAAAUGAAGCCUGGUUUAGGUGUCUUUACACCAGGGAGCCACUAGAGGGUGCAUUUGAGAAGCCGAGAUCUAUGAUUCUAAGCUUUUUAAUAAUUCAAGUGUGGAUGGGUGAUCUGGAGGCAACGUUCUUGUUUCCAAUACCUGGGACAUAAUCUGUUCCUACCCCUGUUGUCUCCUCUAUUCCAUCCUGUAGCUAAAGUCAAACGGGCAGAUUACCCAGAAAAAUAAAAGAAAGGGACAGUGGUGGGUUGAAAUCCUAUUUCUGUCAUUUUUUUUUAUUAUCCGUAGUGCCUAAAAGCCCCAGUCAUGGACCAGGCCUCCACCGCGCUAGGUGCUGUACAAACAGUGGAUCUGGGUGCUACAAUUCUUGAAUGCCCCACCGAAGUGCCUUCGAAGGAUCAGAAAGAGCCGAGCACCUGCCUUUUGAAAAUUGGGUUCCCUUAAGGUGUCUCAAGACGGGCGGCUCCCUCCCCGCAACCCCAAAUCACUAGCCACUUCUGAAAAUAAAGGCCUUUGGGCCAAGGCGUUUUCCAGGGUGUACUAGCUGUGUGUGUUGCCAGGCGAGCUUCCCGCAUGUCUCCCCCUCCCGCAGUGUACCUUGGCUCUGCCAUGGGGGGACCAUGUCUAGGCCCGGGAGGCUGUUAGCGAGUGGUGGCUGGCUGGCUUAGCCCUGGUUUAAACUUAAUAGGCUGUAGCUACCCUGGCCGAACUCUCCUAG